AAACCGAAGAACAAGAAGGAAGAAACAAACUCAACCCCAAAACCAGCAAAGCCAAAGCCUCUCUCUUUAUCAUCUCCUUCUUUGAUGUUGAAUUCUUGGAAUUGAUUAAGGUGGGGUGUGCAGCUUUUUUUGUAUUUCUGCUAAUUUCUCUUCCAUGGAAAAACAGAACACCAAUAGGAGAAAAGUUGAUGGGGCUUUAGGAGGUUUCUCUCCGGUGACUUCCACUCGGAUUGAUUGGAAAUCUCGCAAGAGAUCAGCUAGCGGGAGAAAUAUAGACAAGGUAACAGAAGAAACUGGUAAUGAAAUGCUCAGCUCAGAGGAGAAAUCUCCAGCCGAGGAGAAGAUGCUGGACCCAAAUGCAGAACUUCCUGUUCUUUCUGAGCGUCGGAAAGCUCUCUUUGAACCAUUGGAACCUAUUAAUGGUCAGCGACUAUCAGCCGAAUCCUUACUCCCUCCACCUGACUUCGACUCUGCCAGCUAUCCCCGUGGAUGGCUAAUUGGUAAGAAGCGAAAGCUAGUUAAUGUUGAUGUUGUUGAGAGUAUGCGAAGGAUUGCCGUACAGGAAAUGAACAGAAAGGAUAGAGAAAUCAAUGGGCUAAAUGAGCAACUGGAAGAGGAUUCGCGGUGCCUUGAACACCUACAACUCCAGCUUCUGCAAGAGCGGAGCAAACGAGCGGAGGUGGAGAGGGAAAAUGCGAUGCUGCAUGAGCAGAUCAAUAUGCUUAUGAGCAUGUUGCAAGAAAACGAUGAAGCGGGGGACGAAGGCCCAGAUCAACCAUAGUUAUUUGUUCAUGUAUUUGUGUAUAUGUUUUGUUUAUUCUUUUAUAGAUUUGUUGGGGUGAGUUAGAGGUGACCAUAAUUGCAUAUACAUCACAGUCAAGUCUUAUUAGUUUUAGUUUGUUGGUGCUACCAGUAUCAGUACCAGUGACUUGAAUUUGCUUGAUAUUUUUCACACUUUGCAAAAGAGUCGCAAAUCUUAUAUAUAUAUAUAUAUAUAUAUUUUAAGUAUAUAUUCGA